GUAGAUUAAAAGCGCGACUGAUGAACGCUUUCUCGUCAGAAACGAGAGCGCAUCAGGAACAAGUGAAUCGAAGUGAUCGGUAGUAGAGAACGAAUAAUGUCACUCUACGCAAUCGCCUUUGUGCUACUAAUUGCGGUGGUUCAUCACGCUGCUUCGCUGAAAGAUUUUUGCCCAGCUAAUCAGACCUGGUCAGACUGCGGGCCAGUUUGCGAACCGACCUGCGAGAGGCCAGAAAAAAUUUAUUGCUCCGUAGUCGAACCGUGCCCAGCAAGUGCAGCCGGUUGCACCUGUAAAGAUGACUUCGUCAGAGACAAGAGCUCCCGCAUGUGCAUCAAAGUACAGGACUGUACGAAUUCAGGAAAAUGUUAAGCUCCUUUACGUAAUUACAAAUUUGAGAUAAUGUUACAUCGACGGUCGAAAAAAAUAAAUAUAAUCUUGGAAACGAAAU